AUGAAAUCUGAAAAUGGUCACACGUUGUUUCAAGACUUCAGUAUUUACAUUAAGCAUCUCCCCUUUCGCCAAAGCAAGAAUGGAGUUUGGCAGAAGCUUUGCCACUCUUCUUAUUAUGCACAAGAGGACGAUUUGAACCUCAUGGUGAGUCGUCUUGAAGUCGGCAACGGUGACCUGGCCCGACCUACGGUGUACUACGCUGUCACACCUGCUGGGUCGGGGAAGACAGCCAGCGUGGCCGCUGCUUUUGUUCAAAGUGCCAAGGGCAACAGGACGGAGAGCUACACCCAUUAUCUUUACAUCGCUUUCUCAAAUAACAAGGACCGAAACUUUCAAGCUCACGGUGCAGUUUCCGACGACGCGACGCAAGCUGAAAAUCAAGGUGCCGGCUUUAUGGUGCGGUGUGUUGAGUGCUUGCUCAAUGACGACCCAGAGGAGGGAACACCUAAAUCAAUUGAAAUUAGCCAGGAUCCAAGGAAUGAAGGUAAUUCCUUGGCCCUUCUCAAGGAUAUGUUUGCAGGAAUCAGGGGACGGAUCUUGCUGCAUCUCGACGAGCACCGCCAGAUGAACGACAACGGGCACUUCCGUCGCGGGGCCAUGAAAGUGUUGGUGAAAUUGCCUCUCGUGGUGGUUGUUGCAACUUUUGCCGGGCCCCCACUUGAAGUCCCUGCUGUCAAAUCAUCAGAAAUCUGCCGUUCCCCGGUUGCUAUUCCUCUGGUGGAUGUGGAAAAAUUACUGGAGAUUGAGCUUAAGUGUCCUCUCGACCGCAAGAAAGUGGCGCUGAAUACCAAAUUUGGGAGGUUGUUGUCUACCUUACUUUUCCAUUGUGGUGACUACUUGAGAGGGCACCUGAACUCGGUACACCUCGUUGGGAGGUGCAGUCCAGAUUAUGUCGCGUUCCGUACAGCGUUUGCACCUGGAGUUGUCAAGUUGAAAAACAGCCUCAACGAUGCGUCAGCCAUGGAAGCUGCAUUGGAGGAUUGCAUUUCUCGUGUUCCAGUUGAACGGAGGGUCGAGAACCGACCAACAGGAUGCCGCGCUGAAUAUCUUCUCUUGGGAAUGGAUGAAGCUGCAAUCGACCGUCUCGGGCAUAAAGUCGGCGCUGGAUUGAUUGCCUACAGCAUCGCUGGCAGCGAGGCUACCAAGUUCACGGCGUCAGUACGAGCAAUUGGAGCUCCUAGCGGGAAUGGAGACAUUGACAAGAUUGUUAGACUUGGAUAUGUCUUCUUUCGUUCGGUGUUUGCUAAUGGGGAUGACAUCUUGGCAGAUACACCACUGGAACGUGCAUUUCUCUGGACACUUUCUACGUCAUCUGCCGUCUAUGGACAAUUGGACUUUUUGCACGAGGGCUUUCUCCUUGGCAUACAAUGCAAAAGUAUUGAGAAGGGUCGGAUUUUCAAAGACAGUACCCUUACCUCCUUUGAUUUGGCGAAAGUUCGAAGCAUGCAAGUCAACACCAUUUAUUGUGCGGACGAGGGAAACGGGCAGAAUUCGCACCCUUUCGGCGACAUCUUCUUCAAGACGUCAAACAACCAACUUGUCUUGAUUGACGUCACAGGCAGCACAGAUACUGUGAAAUGCCGAAACAAAGAGCUUCGAUUGGUUGAUUGGGUGGCUUAUGCAAAGAAAACGCAGUGGUUUAUCAGCAGAGCUAACAAAAUCCGUUUCUCCGGGAUUGUGUUGGCCCCAUUGGUACCUGGAGAAUCUCACUUCAUUAGACACUCAGUCCGAGGCCGCCGUGGACGCACUACCCAUGAGCUAUGCCAACAAGUUCGUGCUGUGGUGGGUGCCGAUGCAAUUACAUUGCUGGGAGGGCUCGCACAGUUUUUGACCUGGUUCCAAUGA